UAUGUAAUAGUAAUGUGAAUGCAAAAUAGAAGGAAAUAUGAAUAUUUAAAUUAUUGGAAUAUGCUUAAAUGAGGAAUGUUCUGAGGAAUGGUUUUGUCAAAAUUGUAUUGGAAAUCAUGAUAAUCAUAAAAAUGAUCUUAAGAUUGGAGAUUAAAUGGAUCAAUUACUUGAAAAAUAUAAUUCUGCUAACAAUUAAAAAUUCAUAGAGGCUGAUGAAAAAUUUUAGAAACUUUAAGAAUAUUAUGAAUAAAUUGAACAAGAAAAUAAAAAUGAAACAAAAAUGUUAGAAGAUCUUUAAUUAUUUAUUAAAUAAGAAAAUUAUGAUGGUAUUAGCAAAUAUUUCGAAUAAUUCAAAAAGUUUAAAUAACAAAUAGAUAACAACAAACCAGGUAAUAUUGCUAUUUAGUAAUUUAAGCAUCAAUAUUUAAAGAAUUAAAUAGACAAUUGAAUGAGCUAAAAUAAUUAGAUUUUUCUGAUUUAUUAGAUGAUGAGAUAGCCAAAAAAAAUAAGGCAAAAAUUAAAGAACACCUUACUUAAGGUAAUUAAUCUACUUGAUUACCGCUAGCAAAGUUGUUGUUUGAUGCUUAAAAGUUUAAUGAAGCUUUAUAAAUAUUAGAAAGUUCUUUAGAAAUCAAUAAUGAAUGUGUAGAUGCACUUUUAUUAAAAAGUAAUUCUUCGUUGAAUCAAUUUAGGUUAGACCUUAAUUUAAUUAGAAAUGUUUGAUGAUGCUAUAAAUUAUUGCAAUUAGAUAAUUAAAUUAAAUAAAUAAAAUUUUGAAGUCUACGUUUUAAAAAGUAUUUAUAAUUCCAUUUAAAUAAGGUAUUGCAUUACUAUUUAUUUAAAAAUUUAAUGAUGCUGUUGAUGAACUCAAAAAUGUCCACUUGAUUUAAUCUUUUAGAUUCUAUUAUACGAUACUCAAUUUAUUUUAAGAACUAGAAGGAUUUUCUUUAGUAGUUAAAACUUUAACUUAGUCACCUACUUUUAAUUUAAAGAAAUAAUUAUAAACUUUGAUAACAAAUUAACAAAUUCCAUGUAAAAUUUUUAUAUUUAUAUAGCUUAAAUGGUAAGAUAAUAAUUAACAAUUAUUAUUGAAAUAAUAAAGUUGGCUAAUCAAAAUGAAAUAUAAAAAGCCCUAUUUUCAUUUAAUUAAAGUAUUAGUUUUACUAGUAUUUAGAUUUCUAAGUAAUUGGGGAUUAUUAACAAUUAUAGGAGGUAGACUUAAGACCAAACAUUGAUCCUAAAUAAUGGUAAGAAAUUGUAGAGUAUCUUGAUUAAAAAUGUAAAAAAUAAGAUAACCAUAACAAUACUUAAUAAAGCCCAGAUUAAUUUCAAGCAUAAUUCAAUAACUUUAUAAAUGAUACACCAUCAAAAAGUGCAAUUGUUUAAUAAUAGUAUGAAUACAUUUCAUGAAAUUAGAGCAUAAAUAUAGAUUCAAAAUAAUUAAAUUACACUAGAAACUCAAAAAGAUGUUAUUAAUUUUCUGAAUGACACAGUCUAACCUUAAGAUACUUCUAAUUCAUAAUAAUAAUCUUAAUUAGCUAAUAAACCUCAUGCUAAACUACAAUAGCAAUUAGCUGAUUUCUAUAAUGAUCCACAUUAGAAUGAAAGGAAUAAAUAGUAAUAACAGUAUAAAAUGUUUAAAUUAUUUAGGGUUGAACAAUUAACAGAUUCUGGAAAAGGAUCUACCGAAAUUUAAGAAGGUUCCUCAAAUAUUUUUAACUAUUAAUCAUAUUCAUAAGUGGGAGGAAUAAGUAUGAGUAAAUAUUUUUUUAUUUAAAAAGGUGUCAAAUUAGAUGAGGUCAAUCGUUUGAAAGAAGUCUUAAAAUAUAUAGAUCAAUUAAUAAUUUCUAAUUAAAAUGUCUCAUAAUACUAUUAUAAGAAAGGUAAUUAGAAUUUUUAGUAAUAGCUAUGAUUCUCAUUUAGCUAAAUCAAUUACAAUAAGCUUUAUAGUGUAUUGAUUUGGCUAUACGUUUAGAUAACAAUGAACCUAAUUAUUAUUAUCAAAAAGGUUUAAUUAGAUAUAAUAUGUAGCUUUAUUGUUAAUUUCCCUUGGUUAAUUGUAGUAAGCUCUAUCAUAAUUUGAUAAUGCUAUUUAAAGAAAUCCUAACUGUGCAUAUUAUUAUUAUGAAAAAGGUUAAAUAUAGAAUUAAUUUUAGGAAAGGCAUUAUCAAGAUUGAAUCGUUAAGAUGAAGCUGAAGAAUAAUUUUAAAUAGCUAAAUCAAAAGAAGAUAAUUGAU